AUGGAUAGCAGUUUGCAAGAAGCCAUCAAACGAGGCAAAGCUCUCAAAAAAGCCCAGACAAAUGAUCGGUCAGGCCCUGCAGUUACGGGGAGACCUGCAGGGCAAGCAUCACUGGUGGCGCCGAGCCAUCCCUCUGCUCCAAUCCCGCGCCCCACAGGAGCUGGCCGUGCCGCUACGGACGGCGCCGUAGCUACUUCUGCUGCUCCGGCCGCCCCCCUUGGGUUGGGUGGGUUAUUCGCUGGUGGUAUGCCAAAGCUGAAAAGUGCUUCGGCCUCAACAGCUCCACCACGCCCGCCGACUGGUCCAGCACCCAGAAUCCCACCACCCAUGAAAACUUCAGCUGUACCAUCUGCUACCGCACCUCCACCACCUCGCGCCGUACCUCCACCACCUCGAUCGGUACCGGCCCCGCCAGCUCCACCACCACCACCACCACCAUCAGCACCGCCCGCACCGCCAUCAACCGCAGGCGCACCAUCCGCUCCUGCACGUGUGCCGCCCCCGCCGGUUGCGCCCCCGCAGCCGCCACGCACCGUCCCUGCGCCUCCAAAGGCCUCUGCACCAAGAGCGCCUCCGGCUCGCGUGCUGCCACCACCGGUAGCCGCUGUCAGCCCUGCUCGUCCAGCUCGCGUACCACCACCACCAGCACCUGGCAGUGCCGCCCCUUCGCGGCCGUCUGCAGCGCCACCUGCGGCUCCCUCCCAGCCUCCUCCUCCACCCAGUAGGCUAACCACGCCUGCAGCAACAGUAGAUCGUGCCCCUCCAGCUCACCCUCAGAUCCCCACGCGUCCUACAUCCCAAACGCCUAACCGCGUCCCACCGCCUCCCUUGCGUGCAGCCGCACUCCCACCCCUGCCACCGCCGUCACGGAGCGCACCUCCACCCACCCCUCCAGCCGCACCGACAGCAUAUGCCCCAGCCGCGCCUCGGUCCGCUCCUCCAAGUCACAUAACCAGUGCUGCAAGCGGUGCUACCGUUUCUGUUGAUGCAAAUGAGCCACCAGCAAAGUCUGGCACACUCACUUUUCACGUAUCCAGCGACUUUCCGCCGCCCCGCGCCUUCGACGCUGCCCUUGCCUCGAGGCACAAGUAUCCCAGCGGCGCCAAGACGGGAACGCCAACUUCUCUGUUGAGCAUGGUCCGUUAA